AUGGCUGAAUCGGGCGACGAGAAUCUUUACGCCGCCGCUAGAGACAUCGCAAGAGCUCUCGGAAAAGAUCCGAGCGCCGCCGGAGAUAUCUUGCAGAUCCUCUCCGGCUAUGGCGCCUCAAGCGGGAACUCAAGAACAACGGCAGCUCGCGGCGGCGCAAACGUCAACCUUGACCGAUCUCUCAACUCCUUAGAGAGACAGAUCUCUAGCUACAUCGUGGAGGAUCGACCGAUCUGGUCCGAUCCCGUUGACUCGCGAAAUUUUCUCGACGCCGUUGAUGAGCUAAUUGCGGUGGCUGGAGACUUGAGAUCCAUGGCCGGAGAUAAAUCCGUCGCGGUCUGUAUUUCCCGUGCCGAUGAGCUGAUUCAACAGGUGAUGUUUAGGCUUCAAGAAGAGUUUGGAUAUGUAAUGGACCGAGCGUCUGAGUCGUUUGACUCCGACGACGAUUUCUCCGGUGAAGAAGACAACGACGACACAAGCUACGCCCGUCCUAUCACCGAUUUCAAAUUUGUGAUCGAGGCGUUACAAUCGAGCGUGAUCGGCGAUUUAAACGCGAUCGCUAUUCGUAUGGUCGCUGGUGGAUUCGGAAAAGAGUGUUCACGAGUGUAUAGCAGUCGAAGGAGAGAGUUUCUAGAAGAGAGUUUGUCGAGGUUGCAUUUGAGAGGACUAAGUACGGAAGAAGUGCAAGAGACUCCAUGGCAAGACCUUGAAGACGAAAUCGACCGUUGGAUCAAAGCCGUAACUAUGGUGUUUCGCGUUUUCUUCCCAAGCGAGCGUCUUCUCUGCGACCGCGUUUUCUCUGAUCUCUCUGUUUCCUCUGUAACAGAUCUCUCUUUCAUGGAAGUUUGUCGCGGAACUACUACACAGCUUUUGAAUUUCGCAGACGCGAUCGCGUUAGGAAGCCGUUUGCCUGAACGUUUGUUUAAGGUUAUGGAUUUAUACGAAGCGAUUCAAGAACUGAUUCCUAAAAUGGAAACGUUAUUCUCCAAUCAAUACUGUCUGCCGUUAAAGCACGAGGCGGACGCGAUUCAUAAACGGUUAGGAGAUGCGAUUAGAGGGAUAUUUAUGGAGCUCGAGAAUUUGAUCCGUCGUGACCCUCCCAAAACCGCGUUUCCUGGCGGUGGGAUUCAUCCAAUCACGCGGUAUGUGAUGAAUUAUCUGCGUGCCGCCUGUAAAUCGCGGCAGUCGUUGGAACAUAUCCUUGACCAGACCGGGAACGAAACCGGAUCAGACACAAGACCUUUGUCUGUGCAAAUUAGAUGGGUUUUAGAGUUGUUGGAGAGUAACUUGGAAGGCAAGAAAAGAACUUAUCGCGAUCCGGCUUUAUGUUUCUUAUUCAUGAUGAACAAUGGGAAGUAUAUUCUUGAUAAGGUUUCGGAUAACGAGCUCGGUUUGAUCCUAGGAGAAGAUUGGAUUGUGAAGCACACGGCAAAACUGAGGCAAUACCAUUCUAGUUACGGAAGGAGCUCGUGGAAUCAACUUGUGGGAUUGCUUAGGACCGAGAGUCCUUAUCCGAAGUUAGUCGAGAGCCUUAGAUUGUUCAAAGAUCGGUUCGAUGAAGUGUGUCUGACGCAAUCUCAAUGGGUUGUUACUGAUAAGCAGUUGAGAGAGGAGUUGCAAAGCUCUGUUGCCGGAGUUGUGUCUCCGGCGUAUUCGAAUUUCAUCAGCAGAUUGAAAGAGUCGCCGGAGAUUAAUGGUAGGCGUGGAGAGCCGUUUAUUGCUUAUACUGUUGAAGAUUUGGAGUUGAGGAUUAAGGGAUUGUUUAAGGAAAGCUCAAGUUGA